AAUCGGCUGUUUUCACCGCUCUCAUACGACAUGGAGUACUGGAGGCAGUGCGCGAUGUGGCUGAUCAGCUGCAAAGUGCUGCCGGCGAACCACCGGGUGACUGCGGACACGACGCAGGUGUUCGACCUGGCGCAAACCCUGCGGGAUGGGGUGCUGCUGUGCCAGCUGCUGAACAACUUGAGACCUCACACCAUCAACCUGAAGGAGAUCAACCUCAGGCCACAGAUGUCACAGUUCCUGUGCUUGAAGAACAUCCGCACAUUCCUGAAUUCUUGUAAUGAGGCGUUUGGGAUGAAGAAAAGUGACUUAUUUGAAGCCUUCGAUCUCUUUGAUGUUCGAGACUUUGGAAAGGUUAUGGACACCCUAUCCAAGCUCUCCCACACAAUAAUCGCACAGCAAGGAGGAUUCAAGCCAUUUCCAACGGAGGAGAGCCUCAAAGACGAGGACAUUUACAAUAAUCUGGAAGACUUGAUUGAUGAGAAUGCCCCUGAGGACGAGGACGACCUGUAUGCAGCGGUCUACGGAGUGGAAGAAGACUACGCAGGUGGAGAGAUCUAUGAAGACCUGAUGAGGGCGGCGGAGCAGCAGCCCCCAUUGAAGCAGGCAGAGGUGGAUGUCAGGAGCUGCUGCCUCUCAGAGAUCAAACAGACGGAGGAGAAAUAUACAGAAACUCUGGAGUCUAUUGAGAAGUAUUUCCUGAAUCCUCUGAGGAAUUUUUUCUCCGCGGCUGAAAUUGAUAAAGUUUUCGUCAACAUCCCAGACCUGGUUAAAGUUCACAAGAGCCUGAUGGUCGACUUGCAGGACUCCAUCUUAAACAAAAAUGCCUUAAAUCUCUACCAGAUAUUCAUCAGCUACAAAGAGAGGCUGCUCAUUUAUGGGAUAUACUGCAGUCAUGUGGAGAUUGCCAUCGCUGUUUUAGACCUCAUUUGCAAAGAGAAAGAGGAUGUUCGCUUAAAGCUGGAGGAGUGCUCAAAGAGAGCCAACAAUGGGAAGUUUACACUGAGGGACCUGCUGGUUGUCCCGAUGCAGAGAGUCCUCAAGUACCAUCUACUUCUACAGGAGCUAGUGAAACACACUCACGAUGCUGCCGACAAGAGCAACUUGAAGAUUGCUCUUGAUGCCAUGAAAGAUCUGGCUCAGUUUGUCAACGAGGUGAAGAGAGAUAAUGAGACUCUAAGGGAGAUCGACCAGUACCAGAGGUCUAUUGAAAACCUGAAUCAGCCUCUUAUCAGCUACGGUCGACCAAAAGGUGACGGAGAAGUGCGCAUGGUCUCCAGUGUUGACAAGAGGAAACAGGACAGACACAUCUUUCUAUUUGAUGUGGCUGUGGUUGUUUGCAAGAGAAGAGGAGACAACUAUGAGAUGAAGGACAUUCUCGACCUUAACUUCUUCAAGAUCACAAACAACCCCACCACAGACCGAGAGGGGAAAAAGUGGUGCUACGGGUUCUACGUCACUCACCAGCAGGGGCACACAGGCUUUGAACUCUUUUUUAAGACCAGAGAGCUGAAGAAGAAGUGGCUGGAUCAGUUCGAAAUGGCCAUAUCAAAUAUUCGACCAGAGAAAGCCAGCCACAACACCCACCAGUUCAAGAUGCACACCUUUGAAAGGAUCACUUCCUGUAGUUUCUGUCACCUCUUGCUCAGGGGCAUCUUUAACCAGGGUUAUCUCUGUCUUAAAUGUGGGCUUGGAGCUCAUAAGGAGUGCUUGGGUCGACUGGGAGUCUGUGGGAGAACAGAUUCCAAGCCCAAGCCCAAGGAAAGCACAACACCACCAGACCCAGGUUUACCCAGGAUGGUUGUGAUCAGAGACUACAGUGGCAUCCCCUGUCCCCAGCGCGGGCCCCCACUAAGCAUUCAUGCGGGGGAUGUCAUUGAACUGAUGUUUGCCGACCUGCACAGCUCCUGGUGGCAGGGAAAAAUUCUGGCGACAAGCAAGAUUGGCUUCUUUCCAAGUGACGCUGUGAGGCCAUGCCCAUGUGUUCCAAAACCUGUCGAUUACUCUGCCCAGCUCUGGUUUGCAGGGCCUAUGGAGAGAUACCAGGCUGAGGUGGAGCUUCUGGACCGAGGGAACAGCACCUAUCUGGUUCGACACAGGAGCAAAGAGUGCACAGAAUACGCCAUUAGUAUAAAGUUCAACGAUAAAGUCAAGCACAUUAAGAUUCUGACCAAGGAUGGCUGCUUUUACAUCGCUGAGAGUCGACUGUUCAAGACUGUGCUGGAAUUGGUGGAAUACUACAAGCAGCACUCACUGAAAGAGGGCUUCAGCAGUCUUGACACCACUCUGCAGGUCCCCUAUAGGGAGCUGCCCAAUGGAAACAUGCCCAAGGCCAUUACCAAGGCUGGCAGUGUUCCUCUUGGCGGCUGCAGCUUUGUUCCUCCCUCCUCCUCGCCUUUCUGGUCAGUGUUUUCUCCCAGGGUGGUGGGGAUUGCAGUGGCACGCUAUGACUUCUGCUCCAGAGACACACGGGAGCUCUCCCUGCUGCAGGGAGACAUUAUCAAGAUCUAUACCAAGAUGUCCAACGGAUGGUGGAAGGGAGAGGUCGACGGCAGGAUGGGCUGGUUCCCCUCCACCUACGUGGAAGAGGAGGACUGACUUUGCAGGAUGAAUGAUGUCUAUUCAGCGUCCAUUCAAAGUUGACCACCUCCAGCGAGUGCCAUGCUGCUCACCACUCUCUGUGCCCCGCCAGUCAGAUCUCUUUGAUAAAACCCAGAGACUCAGACUAGAAGAGGAAGCGGCCGUGCCCUCAAAAACCUUCUCCUGCCCUCUGACAGACUCUCACACAGAGCAGAUGUCAAAUCACAGAUUCCAGGAGCGUCAUGCCAUAUCUCGCCUCUCUGCGGCCCUGUCUGCCCCCGCGGCCCACUGGGAAGUGCAUGUGCUGUACCCAGAUAACCCUUCCCUUCUCCCCUCCCGCUCACCUUGUCUUAUUAUUGAUGACUCCAUUGGCGGGUGUGAGACUUGCCUUCACUGUCAUCAUGUUUCAAUACCAGGAAGGCUCAGUCACCCAACUGGAACACAGAUCCUGCUGACAGCGCACCGCCCAGGUAUCGCACCGAAUUGAAAUGCAGGAGCUGAGGAGCUUUGACUGUUGGUGGAACACUGUAGCCUUCUUGGCUGUUCUGACCUUUGUGUUCAACUUUCUGUUCAAGACUUUUAUUUUGAAGAGUUUAUUAAAUCACUGCACUGAUAUUGUAUAAACUAUAUGCUAUUUAAGUACAAUCGCUGAAUUGAAAAUUGAAAAUGAAGAUUUCAGUGUGAAGAACUGACCUGUCAUGCACGUGUUUGCAAUCUUGUGUCUAUGAGUCUUAUGGAACCAGAAGUGAUUCUGGACAACACCUCUUAAGACAAAGUAGUUGAUAACGAUGUUCAAAGUGUUGAAAUUUACAGCUGAUAAAACCACGUCUAAGCUCUGA